UCUCUAAAUGCAUCAUUCUUGCAGAGGGGCUCAUAUGUUCACUAUGCUGCUGCCUGUGCUACUGCUGCUGCUCAGCAGCACCCAAGCCACUCACUUUUUUGGCACAGUGAUGACCUACUAUCCAAAACAGACUAAUGUAGAUGGAUCCAUGCAGGUUUUUUUACGUUACAAGCUGAGCUUCCGCCGGUGCACAGAUGCUGACACAUGGACCUGCUCUGGUUCUUGUGGCAUCCUGGCUCCCACUUUAGAAAAGGUUGAUGAAGAAUCUGGUGGAGAAUGGUGUCAGCGAGAGGGAAUACUGACUCCUGUUAUUUCCCCAAGGUCUUCAACAGAGUUUGUGUUGGCCGGUGGUAACUGGAUAAGUUCCAUUAAAAAUGGCAUUGUCUCUUGGAGAGCUUUGACUGGUGUGGAGUUGAGGAAUCGAUCUGACACCGGGAAAGCAAACAUUUCCCCUCAGAGUACCAUCCUGCCAUCUGUGAGAGUUCCUUCAAACUGUCAACGGGAUUUCAACUUGUUGGCAUUUGACCCCGAUGGAGACAUCAUAAAAUGCAGAUAUGGAUCUGAUUCAUUGUCUGAGUGUAACCCCUGUACACCACCAUCUGUUCUAAGCCUGUCACCAUCUUGUACUCUCACCUUCAACCGAACCAGUAAUAUCAACCAAGGUCCAUAUGCUGUGCAGAUGGUAAUGGAGGACUUUCCCUUGCAAAAUAUUACAUUGACUAAUGUCGAUGGCGUUCAAGAAAACAAAACACCUAGUCAAGCAAUCAGCAAAAUACCCUUCCAGUUUGUUUUACAUGUGGAUCCUGUUGUACCAACAUGCACAGAAGGAUUAUUUCUUCCAAAGUUUCUACCUCCAACUCCGGCAAAUAAAGCUAAGUUGUUUGCAGGAGUGAACCAAGUAUUGGAAAUAAACAUCAUUGCAGAGGCCAAAAAUACCACAAUCUCUGAGCUCCUGUUCAGCGGUCCAUCCAGUGUAGUCAAGAGUUCAUCCGGAUCAGGAAACUUCAAGCUGAGAUGGACGCCAUCGCCCAAUGAAGAAGGAGAACACCAUCCUAUCUGUUUUGUUGUCCAGUCAACAUUAAAUUCAUUCAAGUAUCACUCUGAGCUUCGAUGCGUCAUAGUGCAUGUUGUGACUAGUGUUGUGGCUAGAGUGAACAUGAAGGUUUUCUCCUCAUUGCCAUCUUUUGGAGGCACGGUUAAUGGUGCCCUCCUUCUGCAGAUUAAAGAGGAGCUAACAAGGAUGGGACUGCCUCAAGACACCAUUCUGCAUGUGCUGAAGGAAAACAGCAUGAUUGUCAACGCUACGGCCACACCUGUUACCUAAUCAUGAAGGAAUAAGACCUGUACAGGAGCUUUAAUGUUGCAGCCUACAGGUGAUUCAUCUUUACAGUGACUACAAUCUAAUCCACACUUUGGGUAUUUAGCCAUUUUAAGCCCCAUUGUUGCAUGUUUAUUAUUUGAUAUUUUACCCAUGUUUGCAUCUAUUCUUUUCUAUUCAAAUCAUUAUUGUUUUACAUUUGUAAAUUUGCAUUUGCAAAUAUCUUUUUCUAAUGCAAUAGAUUCCAAUAA